AUGCGUCGCAUUCGCGGCGGCGCCGCACUCGACGCCCGCGCGAUGCGGAGAGACGACGACGCGGCGCCGGACGAGGACGACGACGACGACGGGGUCGAUGCCCACGCGCGCGAGCUCGACGCCGUCGUCCUGGGCUUCGCCGGACGCAUGACGACGCAGCGAGAGCGCGCGCGCACGCGCUCGGCGGUCGACGUGCACAAAGUGGGCGGCGCGCCGGUGCCCGUGGUCGAGCGCGCGGGCGAUGACGGGGCGAACGAUGACGUCGCGGAAGCGACGAGGCGCCUGUGCGCGGUGGCGUGCGGGUCGUGUGGACGAACGAUGACGCUGGUGACGCAAACGUACGCGCCGCGGGCGAACGCGCGGACGCGCGCGUUGUACGUCUACGCGUGCGCGCGCGGAUGUCGAGGAAACGCCGCGUGGGCGUGCGUGCGAGCGCAGAAGACGAUAGGUGUGGAUGAUGCGAAUACGACGCGCGGCGGUGACGCGAGCGAAGACGUGGGAGUGGGGGGUGAGGAGGAGAGGCGCGCGGCCGGCGGCGGCGUGGUCGAACGCGCGCCGGCGAUGGAGGACUCGUGGGACGACCCAGAGUCGAGCUCGUGGUGCGACGGCGGUGGAGACACCGAUGCAUUGAGCGCAGAGCUUGACGCGAUGUUAUUAGCGACGUCGUCGAGCGCGACGACUGAGAAGGAGGCGAACGCAGAGGCGCGAGUCGACGACGACGACGACGAAAUCGCCGAGGGACCGUGCGCGGCGCAGUCUUUGCGAGCGGCGUACGACGCAUCGUGCGACAAGCAAUUUGCGGAGUAUUACAUCAUCGCAGACGCCGAGCCGUCGUGCACGAGCGCGCUCUCGGCGAAGGAGACGGCGCACGCGGAGUCGCUCUUGACAGAGUACGCCAAUCGAGAAGGCGUCUCCGUGAGCGACAUCUUAACGAAAGGCGAUGAGGACAGCGAGUGGGCGGGCGAAUCGUAUGAGAAAGGUGAGGCGACAUACGUGGAUGACGCCUACAUGAAAUUUAGCGAACGCUUACGGCGCGCGCCGGAGCAAUGCAUGCGUUAUAACGCGGGCGGUAUGAAAUUUAUUUGGCCGACUGCGACGCGGCCAAAGCCAACAAAGUGCGAUGCGUGCGGCGCACAUCGCGUGUGUGAGCUUCAACUCACACCAGCAAUGGUGACCGACGUCGAGGAGGCGCUCACGAUGCACAAGGGCGAUCGAACGCGUCUGGCGAACGAGGACGAGCUUUUGGCGUGGGAUUGGCACACCGUCUGCGUAUUCACCUGUCCGGACUCGUGCGUCUCGAGCGACGACGUCGCCGCGGACGUCGCGUACGUUCGCGAACACGUGCUCGUCGCCGAAAGCGACACUAGCGGAGAAUCUCUUCUCAAGGCCACGCGCGCGUAG